GUUGAUCCUGUUACAAAAGGCGGGGCUUGGGAGUGACGUCACAGGAUCAUUUGCAUAGCCCUCUGCACAUAUAUAUAGGACCCUGCGCAGUGGCGCGACACAUUGCUGCAACCCAGACUUAUUCGAGAUCUCAAACGCUUACCGGUCUUUAUAGACACUCAGCAACCAUGUCUGACAAACCCAAUCUCGAUGAGGUCACCAGCUUCGACAAGAGCAAGCUGAAGAAGACCGAGACUCAGGAGAAGAACCCGCUCCCAUCUAAAGAAACCAUCGAACAGGAGAAGCAGGCGUCAUCGUGAAGACCCCAAGCUGCCAUCAUGCACUGUGCACACCCCCUUUCCCACACAUUGCCUUCUUUUUGUUCACUUCUUUUAGCUGUAUAACUCUGUAACCAAAAUGUCAAAAAAAAAACCACACAAAACAAAAGGAAAAAAAUGCUAAGACGAAAAACCUAAAGCUGCCAUCGACGUUGGGUGGACCUGAAAUCAUCCUCCACCAACAGCCAGAAGACGAAAAACCAUCCACCCACCCCCCUUUUCCAAACUAGCGGUGAAGAAGAGCGCUUCAAACCCUCUUGGCGCAUGUAAGCUCGGAUCCAUCUGGCUUCCGUGGCUUCGGCUACUGGUGUAGAAACAGAAGAAGGGGCAAAGGACGAAGGGGGCGUGGCUUCGGAAUGUGGACAUUCCCAAAAUUUUCAUUAACCAAUCGGGGUAUGGCUUUAUGUCAACGUGUGACCAGCUCACCAAUUUGUGGCGUUGCAUUUCUUUUUCUUUCCUUCUUUCUUUUUAUUAUGAAAUUGAGUUUUACAGUAAAAUGCACAAAAUUUGGUUUUUGUAUGUCAUCAAUGAUUAAAUACCUUCUUGUUAGCACUGCUUCAAGCUGCAAAUGCUUUUUUUGAUUGACACAAAAAAGAGGAAGAGGAAAUGAUGGAAGCCACCUAGAUGGGGAGACAUUCCUAAGGCACAAGAGGGUUUUUUAAAACUGAUUGUACCCUUUUUUGUACGUGUGGGUUUUUUUGGGGUUGCUUUUUUUUGUGUUGCACCCAAUCUCGAUUGUCCUGUUGUAUGGAAACUGUCAAUUCUGGGGGAAAAUGAGAAAUUCCAUGUUGCUUUCAAGUGUUGACAAUUUACUUUUCUCUUGGGUUUUUGUAAAAUUCAGCGAUCCAUGUUAAUUUGCCACAAACCCAUUCUCAAAUGGAACAAGGAACGUGUUGUAAUAAAGCCUUUGUUAUCAAAA